AUAAUAACUAAUUAUUUGUUGAUGGUUGCAGCGAGCAGAGCGUGUGCAGCGCUCGGGCGUCCGUUAUGAUAUACGAUGACGUCAACAAGAAGUGGCUGCCGUCGGGGACAUCAACGGGGCUGUCAAAGGUCCACAUCUACCAGCACACUGUCAAUAACACCUUCAGAGUGGUGGGCAGGAAACUUCAAGAUCACGAGGUUGUGAUCAACUGUGCCAUCCUGAAGGGUCUUAAGUAUAAUCAAGCGACCGUCACCUUCCACCAGUGGAGGGACAACCGCCAAGUUUAUGGUUUAAAUUUCUCCAGCAAGGACGAUGCCGACGCUUUUGCCAAUGCGAUGCUCAAAGCACUUGAGGUGCUCAAUAAUGGGGGAAGUUUACGACAAGGUCCUCCACCUCCCCCACCUGCAGUGCCUACACAGCAGCAGCCGCAGCAGCAGCAGACACAGCAGCCACAACAGCAGCAGCAGCAGCAACAACAGCAGCCACCACCACAGCAGCAGCAGCAGCAGCAGCAGCAGCCACCUCCCAUGAUGACCCAACCACAGCAGCCUUCACAGCCACAGUACCACAAUCAACUCUACGCCGAGGAGGACAUGGGGUACAGGUAUGCCGAUCCCCAUGCCUACAACAACCACUACGAGAAAACCUACGACAGGACCUACGACAACUAUCACCAUUACCAUGACACGCGGACCAUGACUCGAGAAGAUAUAGCUGUAAUGCAGGAGCGACGUAUGGCUGGCCAACCGACCAUGGUUCCUCCACCACCGCCAGUACCUUCUGGACAUCAUCGUAAUAAUUCUGCCCCAAACCCUCCGCCUGCAGCACCUCCAGCACCACCUGCACCUACUUCCAGUGGUCCCCCUCCUCUUCCUAUGGGGGGUCCCCCUCCUUUACCUACUGGUGGGCCUCCUCCUCUUCCUAGUGGAGGACCGCCUGCACCUCCUGCACCUCCAAUGGGUGGCCCACCUGCCCCUCCUGCACCCCCAAUGAGUGGCCCACCUCCCCUUCCCUCGGGUGGUCCUCCACCGCCUCCCGCUCCCCCAGCACCUCCCUUAAGUAGUGCCCCCCCUCCUCCACCACCUCCUCCAGGAGGACUGGCCAGAUCACACUCCUCAUCAGAUGAGCCUUCUGGCAACAGUGGACUAGCCGCUGCAAUUGCAGGUGCCAAAUUACGCAAAACUCGUGCUCCGGAUAGUGAGAGUACAGGAUCCAGUAGCUCAGGAGGUAGUAUUGGUCGAGGAUCUGGUGAGAGACCUGCAUUAGGUGGCAUGAUGAGCAUGAUGGAUGAGAUGGCAGCCACAUUAGCACGGCGCAGGGCCAAAAAUAAGGAUCCACCCUCAUCACCUACACAGUCCCAGGACCCACCAAGAUCAUCACAAAAAAGUCCAGGCAACACCUCCUCUAAUGGUAAGAGUGGGCCAGAGUCACCAAAGCCCGGACGGAAGAGAUUUGGCUCCACGUCGGAAGAUGGUACCCCAAGAGUCAAUGGCCUCGGCGAGUCUUCUGGAGGAGGAGGUGCAUCUGCAGGAGAUUUAGAGAGACUUAAAGAAGAAAUUAUGGAUGAAAUGAGAAAGGAACUCGAUAAAGUUAAACAGGAGAUCAUUGAUGCUGUGAAAAUGGAGCUAAAUCGAAGAUAAGUGUGUUACAUAUGUGAAAUUAAAGAAAAUUUAGAAAUCUUUGAGGGAAAAUUGUGGCAUUCUUUCAAAAAUCAAAUUGCAGGGUCUGCUUCAUGAUUUAGGGACCACUUACAUUUCUUCGUGGCAGAGGAACCUGAGUGAAUGGAUUUGGAAUACUGUAAUAUGAUACCAGAGAAAAUUGGUACCAUUUACAAUGCUCAUACUAAGUAUAGGUGCAAACUUACGGACAUUCACUUAUACUACUUCACCAUUGAUUUUAAUCACAGUUAUUAUAUUUAUUAUUUAGAUUAUAUGAUUUGUUUUACAUAUAUUUAAUUUUUACCCAUGUUAAGUAUUAAUGGUGCAGAAUUUUGUGAUACAGCAUAAAUGAUAAAAAUAAGUCAAAUCAGCCAAGGCUUCUGUGUGGUUGGGGGACUUAUAGAUGAUACUUGUUGAGAUGUCACGAUGAUUCAGAUAGAUGAUGAGUUACAAUAAUGUAGCUGAAGAUAUGAUGACCAAACCACACAUCAGAAGGUGAAGAAACGAUGCACUAGAAGGUGAAAAGACGACGAUGUUUCUGUCCGUCCUGGACCAUUCUCAAGUCGAUUGUCGAUUCUCAAGUCGAUUCCAGGACGGACCGAAACGUCGUCGUCCCUUCACCUUCUAGUGUGUGGUAUGGUCAAUUUACUUUAGCCACGUUAUUGUGUCUCAUCGCCUGCAUGAAGAAACGAUAACAUUUUGGUCUGUCCUGGACCAUCAUCAAGUCGUGUGUGAGUGGAAUCACUCACACACAACUUGAUGAUGGUCCAGCACAUACCGAAGCGUCGUCAUUUCUUCAUCUUAUGGUGUGUGGUCUGGUCAUCAUUCAGAUAGGUAUUCAGUAGGCCUAGCCAAUAUGAUUGUGUAGCGCCCCAGGUCAUUGCUGAUUAAAAUGAUAUCACUCGGUGCACUAUAGGCAGUACUGCAGCACAGUUUGCUGUUGUGUGGCUCGUGCUCUAAUGCAUCUUACAGGACUGUGUGUCAUUGAACCUCAUUGUGCUAAAGUUGGUGAUGUAACAAUAUAUUGCAUUGUAAUGGGGUUUAACAGCAUGCAUCAUGCUGCAGCUGGUGGUAAAGCACUGCUCAUUAUCUCAAGGGUGACAUUGAAGAAAUUGUAGACAACUGUACACUUGGCACGCUGAAAGCCAGUGUUAAAACAUCACUUGACAAGCUGUUGAUCGUUCUCUUCCUGGUAGACAGUGUUGCGGAAAGUACAGUUGCUAUUUUGAUAUAUUAAUCCAUUGUUUCAGAGGGACAGGAAGUCAGAGUGUAUUCAUACAUGAUUUGCUUUUAUCGCACCACCCACAGCACUGAAGGCAGUGUUACAUCACCACCCACAGCACUGAAGGCAGUGUUACAUCACCACCCACAACACUGAGGGCAGUGUUACAUCACCACCCACAACACUGAAGGCAGUGUUACAUCACCACCCACAACACUGAGGGCAGUG